GCCUGCGCUCUUCUUUACCGUUGACCUAAAGUUAAUUACAUAUGCAGAUAAUUUAGUAUGCCUGCGAUAAAAUCAAUGAAAGAGAGCAGUCGGUUGUUACUCGAAUGGAUGCGCCUUAACAUUAGACGUAGUGAGGAAGUCUGUGAACUUGCGGAGCCCCUUUUACUCAACAUACCAAAAUGUUUUGGCAAUAAAGUUUGGCUAAUUUACGAAUACGUUUAUAUUGCCGCGAUUGAUUGCAAUCAUCAACGACUUAUCAAGAUUUGCUGGGAGGAGUUAAACAAAAAAUUUUCCAAUUCCUCGAGGGUUCUAAUAUUAAAGGGUUUUAAGUUUGAGAUGUUCGGAGAAUAUGAAGAAGCUAUUCAACUUUACGAUCAAGUAUUAAAAGAUGAUGAAUCUAACGAGCGAGCUUUAAAAAGAAAAAUAGCUAUUUAUAAAGCACAAGGCAAUAACUGCAAAGCAGUCGAAGGACUGGUUGAAUACCUGGAUACUUACCAGACGGACUACGAGGCCUGGCUGCAAUUAGCCCAGCUGUAUAUCCAGCAGCUCAGAUUCGACUUUGCGGCCUUUUGCCUUGAGGAAGUCAUCGCCGGAGCCCCUUAUUACGAUGGCUACUUCGUUUACUACGGAGAGAUCCUCUACGCCCAGACAAGAACCAAUGAAUAUACCGGAAAAGCUGAGGAAAAGCUUAUAUUGGCCAAGAAAUACUUUCUUAAGGCACUGGAAAUGAAUCCCAGCAACUUAAGAGCGCUGUAUGGGGUUUUAAUGGUUGUCGCAAACUUAAACUCUCUUGGCAUUUGCACCGAAGGGAUGCAAGAUUUCGUCAAACACAAAUUCAGUGCAGUAUACCAGAAAUCAGAGCUACUGCCUUAUCUUAGCGGGCUUCUCUCAUUUUAAAAAACUAGAACUUAA